GUCAAUUCUUCUUAUAAAUAGGAAUUAUCGAAUACCUACGGUAAAACUUUGAUAUCAUUAUUUAUAUUCCGCCGAUUUCAACAGAUGAGCAUCUGUUGAAAUGUAAUUUGCUAACUCGAUUACAUUUCAGUUUCUAUAAAUUAACCGGUAGCUAAUAUUAAUUUCUUUUUUCGUCUUAUUCUCGUAGGUUACGUUUAUAUGGAUCUUAUUCUCGUCUUAAUGGCUAUUUGUAUUGGAAGCUUCAGACUUAUGUAUUAAACUUCAAAAAGACAAAAAAUACCAUUGAUAUUUACUAUACCAUCUAUAUCAUAAAGUGCUACAUAGGAUGCUAAGUAUGUCGUAUUCUGAAAUUUAUAGGGCAUUGUACUUAUAUGCCAUUCAGCUGUGUUGUAUUAAAUUUAUACACUCAAUAAUUUCCAUAAUAGUUUAUUCCAUCAAUACGGGCUUUCUACGUACAGAGAUAUUUUGGGUAUCGUUUGCCCGUUUCUGCGUAAUGUCCGUUCUCACCAGUAUUCACAUCGAUAGGCGCUUUGCGGCCCCAUAUAAAACAGGUUAGAUGACUCAGUACAGCUUAUUUUGUUCUUCACUUUUGCAAGAGAGCCAUCUAGUGGUGGACGUACCUAAACGUGCGCGUGUGAUUUGUGAGUGCUAGUGUUUCAGAGCAAAUAAUCCUUAAAAAUGCCUGGUCGUCCUAUUUGGCAGUGUGCUGGCAAGCGUGAGCCCGAGAAGGAGCAGGAGGCCCAGAGAUGGAUUGAAGCGGUUAUCGGCGAAAGGUUCCCCUCAGACCUUCCCUACGAGCUGGCGCUCCGCGACGGCAUCAUCCUCUGCAAGCUGAUGAACAGACUCCAACCUGGUAUCAUAUCUAAAGUGAACGUGUCAGGUGGUGACUACAAGUUCAUGGAUAACAUAAGCCAGUUCCAAAAAGCCUGUGUGAAAUACGGAGUGCCUGAUGUAGAUCUCUUCCAAACAACAGAUCUUUGGGACCAGAAGAACAUCGCUCUAGUCACACAAACCAUUUACGCUAUUGGCAGAACAGCACACAAACACCCUGAAUGGCGCGGUCCCUUCCUCGGACCCAAGCCAGCAGACGAAAACCGUCGUGAAUUCAGUGAAGACGUUUUGCGUGCUGGUCAAACCGUAAUUGGAUUACAAGCCGGAACCAAUAAGUUGGCAUCGCAAUCUGGACAGAACUUUGGCGCUUCUCGCAAAAUCAUCCUCGGCAAGUGAAGUACUAGGAUCGUAGAACGUUCAAGCGAUUAGACUAAGCUUUAUAAUACGCUAUAGUUAUAAUAUAAUGUUAUAUGUAUGGUUAGUCUGUGGUCUUUAUGAUAACCUUAUCAUGAAUAUGAUAUGUAGAAAUAUUAUUAAUACUGUUAUGAUAAAUAUACUUAUCAUGCUUAAUUAGACUGUUUUAAUCUAUGUAUGAAAAGAAUUCAGUGUUUAUUUUUAAUAUGGGAACAUUCAUCGAAGAUUUUUGUAGAAUACCUUAAUUGUUUUAAGCUGCAUCUAUGUUAUCACGAAUUAAUGAUGCAUAAAUUUAAUAUAUAAUAUAUUAUUAUUAUUGGUUUCUUAAGUAUUUAUAUAAUUGUAACAUAACAUUAUUUUAAGCCAAACCUGUGCCAAAGAAUAAAAAAAAAAUCUAAAUUAGUAAUAUAAUAAAUAGUCUUAGUUACACUUUUUGUUAUAAACUGUUUUCGGAAAAGAAAUUUUUAAAUAAUAAUAUUUAUGCUGAUCUAUUUAUACAUAUUAUUACUAUACGACUCGGAUUAUACCUUCAGUUAUUAUAUUGUUUCAAAACAAUUUGUCGUUACAUGUAUUAUCUACGUUUAAUUUGAGCCUUCGUUUUGCCUAAUUCAAACUUUUUGAACAUGAAAAAACCCAUUCACUACAGGACAUCGGGCAAAUAUUGAAUUGAAUACCUAUAUUUAAAUGUUAUAACAUUAUAACAACAAAAUAGCAUUUUAAAAAGUUAUAAACUCUUUGUAAAAUAAUCAUGGAUACUGAAAUG